GUUACCGUUCAUCCUUUGUUUACAUCAAGCGUUAACCUUCCAAAACCCACAAGUUUUUAGUUUCUGAAUUCAUAUUUAAAAACAAAUGAAUCGAACGAGGAGCACAAAAUUCAAGUUUAGUGAAGGCGAACGUGUUCUGUGUUUUGAGCCAGAUGUAACAAAAGCAAGGGUACUGUACGACGCGAAAGUUCUGGAAACACAAGUUAAGAAAGAUGCUAAAGGAAAGAAAUCAAUUGAAUACCUCAUCCACUUUCAGGGCUGGAAUUCAUCCUGGGACCGCUAUGUUGCAGAGAGCUUUAUUCUUCAAGACAUACAAGAACACAGGCUUCUGCAGAAAGAACUUGCUGAUGCUGCUCGCACCAUACUGAAGGAGACUAGAAGGACAACAAAGCAAAGGAUAGGAGCGUUAAGGGGAGCUGAUCCCAAAUUUCGAACCGACUCGGAAAGUUCUAGUGUAGAAGAAGGGGACUCGGGAACUCGUAGUAGCUUUGAGGAAGAUAGCACUGAAUGUGAAAAUAGUUCGGAGCCGAUCGACAGUCAAGAUUCAGCGGCAAAUGAAAAUACAAUCGUCGUUUUCAAUAUUCCAGAUUCAAUUAAGCAAUUGCUAGAGGAAGAUGGCAUCAAAAUAAAAUCUCGUAAAAAGUUGCUUAAAUUACCUUGUCACGUCAGCGUCACAACCGUUCUGGAUGGAUUUCUUCGACAUUAUGCGUCUACGCUCACCAGCAAAAAUUCUGAAAAGACUCGAGUGUCCCAGAGGACAAACAGUACCAGUAGUAAUACCAGUUCUAAUGCUGGAGAUUCCGCCACCAUUGCUACGCAAUUAACUCUUUGCAAAGAAGUCAUUGAUGGUUUACGUGUUUCCUUUGAUUUCUUGAUCGGCUCCAUUCUUUUGUACGCCGAAGAACGUCCGCAGUACGAGCAAAUGAAAAACAAACAUGAUAUCCGAAUAAAUAGAGGCCCUUCUAAAGUUGCUGAGCACCCGCUAACACAUGACAACUUCCAGUGGAGGGUUCUUCCAGAUUCCAACAACAUUCAGAACUUUCUACCGUGCACUGUAUACGGUGUUGUCCAUCUUUGUCGCCUGUUAGUGAAAUUACCCGAAGUCAUUCAAAAGAUGCAACUAUCAGAAGAGAAGCGUCGAAUAGUAACAAACUUUUCAGAGCUUUUGCUUCAGUACAUCGACAAACAUCAAAUUCAUGUAUCUGAAUCCGACUAUGUUGCUGCUACAAAAUUUUCAUAAAUACGUUAAAAUUUUUCCAAUAAAAUUGUUAUUCUCG